AUGAAUCGGCGGCGCCGCCACUCAACUGCUGCAGGGGUGUGGGGCCCCUCUGCAGACAGCAGGGGCCCCUCUUUAGGCCAGAGGCCCUUGCGAGAGUCCCGGGGGCCCCCGGGGGGCCCCCCUAGGGGCCCCCCUAGGGGCCCCCCUAGGGGCCCCCCGGGGGGGCCCCCUGGGGGCCCCCCGGGGGGCCCCCCUGGGGGCCCCGGGGGCCCCCCCUUCUGUAGGUCGGGGGGGGCCCCUCAGUUUGAAAGAAGGGGCCCCCCAGGGGAGGACUGGGGGCCCCCAAGAGAGGUCAGGGGCCCCCCAGAUUUGCUGCAUAGGGAGGCUGGGGGGCCCCCCGAGGGGCCCCCCAGGCGGCUGUACCCUAUUCUGAGGGGCCCCCCAACUCAGGGGGAAGGGGGGCCCCUCUGGCGGCCCCCAGCGAAGAGGGGGCCCCCUGCAGAUGAGGGGCCCCCCCUGCGGCUCUGCUCUGCAGCAGCAGCAGCAGAGGAGCAGCAGCAGCAGCAGCAGCAGCAGCAGCAGCAGCACAGGAGGCGGGUGAUUCUACAGGAGUCCCCCAGAGCUGCUGCAAGGGGCUCCCAUAGUCGUGCUGCUGCACCUCGCGGAGAGGCAGAAGCAGCAGCAGCAGCAGCAAGAAGUGCUGCAGCAGCAGCAGGGGAUGCAGCUGCUGCAGCUGCUGCAGCUGCUGCAGCAAACAGCAAAGCUGCAGCGCUCAGGGAAGCAGCAGCAGCGCAGCAAACGCGACAAGCCAAAAGGGAAGCAGCAGCAGCAGAAGCAGCAGAUGCUGCUGCUGGCAGCAAGAGGAGGGAAGUGUCCCGAAGAGUUGUUGCAGCAGCAGAGUAUGCAGCAAUAACAGCAGCAGCAGCAGCAGCAGCACCAGAUGAAGCAGCAGCUACAGCAGCAAAGCGAGCCGCAGCAGCAGCCACGAAGUCCGAAGCAGCAGCAGCAGAAAACGGGCCAGCGGAGAUUAAUAGAAAUACAGGGGCCCCGAAAGCAGCAGCAGCAGCAGCAGCAGACGUGCCUGCUGCUGCUGCUGCUGCUGACACUAAAGCCAGCCCAGCAGCAGCAGACGUGCCUGCUGCUGCUGCUGCUGACACUAAAUCCAGCCCAGCAGCAGCAGCCGCUGCAGCAGCAGCGCCAGAACAAGCGGCAAAUGAAGCAGCAGCAGCAGCAGCAGCAGCAGCAGCAGACACAUUAGCAGAAGGAGCUGCUGCAACGGACAGUCGCGCUGCAGGGACAGAAGGGGCUGCUGGUGGGCCAGCAGCAGCAGCAGCAGACAGAGCAGCAGCAGCAGCAGCAGACAGUACAGGAGCAGCAGCAGACAGAGCAGCAGCAGCAGCAGCAGACAGUGCAGCAGCAGCAGCAGACAGAGCAGCAGCAGCAGCAGCAGACAGUGCAGCAGCAGCAGACGGUGCAGCAGCAGCAGACGGUGCAGCAGCAGCAGACAGAGCAGCAGCAGCAGCGGGAAACCCUGCUGCAGCAGCGGGAAGCCCUGCUGCAGCAGCGGGAAGCCCUGCUGCAGCAAGCAGCGUAGCAGCAGCAGAAGCUCCGCCCUUGACAGCAAGGCGAACUGUUGUGCUGGCCUCUAGAGCUCCAGCAGCAGCAGCAGCAGCAGGAGCAGCAGCAGCAGCAGCAGCAACAGAGUCACCUGCUGCUGCUGCUGCUGCUAGUACUGCUGAUGCUGCUGACUGCGCCACACCGUGUGCAGCUGCAACAGCUCCAACAGAAGCAGCAGCAGCAGCAGCAGCAGCAGCAGAGACCUCACCAGGUGCAGCAAAAGCAGCACGAUCAGCAGCAGCAGCAGCAGAAGCAGAAAGUCCCGUUGCGCUGGGUCCUGCAGCAGCAGCAACAGAGACACCAGCUGCAGCCACACCAUCUCCAUCAUCUCCAGCAGCAGCAGCAGCAGCAGCAGCAGCAGCAGCAGAAGCAAGUGCACAAAGGCCUGCUGCAGUUCGCCGCAGGAGAUGUGGCUGGAGCGAUGCAGCAGCAACAGCAGCAGCAGCACAAGAAGCAGCAGCACCUGCAGCACGAGGAGCACCGAUGCGGGAAGCUGCAGCACCGGCAGCAGCAGCAGCAGCAGCAGCAGCAGCAGCAGCAGAAUCUCCAGUAGCAGUGGCAGCAGCAAAACCAGCAGCAGCUGCUGCGGUAAGCAGAGGUUUCGAGCGAGGCGACCGGAGAUUUGUGGUUUGUGAUUUGAGCCGAUAUAAAAAAGGCGAGAUUGGCUUUCGGUGGCCCACGGCGGAAGAAGCAGCAGCAGGCAAAGGGUCCCGUGUCUGUGGGGGCAGCAGCUGCCGCACGCAGCAGAAGCAGCAAGAAGCAGCAGCAGCAUUGCAGCUGCUGCAGCAGCAAAUUGCUGCAGCACGAAAGGAGCGGGGGCUGCCGGACAUGGACUUCCUCCGUGCUGCGCUGCUGCAGUGCAGCAAGGAGGCCAAAGCAGCAGCAGCAAACGUGGACACGCUGCGAGCAGCAGCAGCAGCUGCUGCUGCUGACGCCAGAUCUGCUGCCUUUGCUGCUGCAGCAGGAAAAGCCAACGACGACCCCAGCAGCAGGCGGCUGGCUGACGCUGCAGCACGUGCUGCGUCGCGUGCUGCUGCUGCUGCUGCUGCUCUGGAGGACGCCACGAAAGCUGCUGCAGCAAAGGCAGCAGCAGCAGAAGAAGCCGAAGCAGCAGCAGCAGCUGCUGCUGCUGGCACCCCCGCUAUUGACUUGACGCAAGACCAUAAGAUGCGGCGGCUGCUGGAGCAGCAGCAGGAGCUGCAGCAGCAGCAGCAGCUGCUGCAGCAGCUGCGCACUUACCAGCUGCACUUCCGCUACACAGAGGCGGGAAAAGCCAAAGAGGCGCUGGUGCAGUGCCGCGUGUGCGUCCGCUGCGCCUUCAAGCUUAACUAUGACGCGCUGCGGAAGGAGAGCCGCAGAGAAGCAAAGCGGCGGCGGCUGGAGCAGCAGCAAAGGCGGCUGCAGCAGCAGCUGCUGCUGCUGCAGCGAAGGCGCAGCUGCAGCAACAGCAGCAGCAGCAAAGGCCGAGGCUCCCGGCAAAGCAGGUCAGCUUUUCGGGGUGUACGUACACCCCAGCUGCACGGCGAGACACUGCGCGUCAGCAGCAGCAGCAGCAUUGGCAGCAGAAGCAGCAGCAGAGGAGCUGCUGAGGCGCUUGUGCUCAGCAGCAGCAGCAGCAGCAGCAGCAGCAGCGACUCCGGAGAUUCUGUUGUCUUUAAAGGUGAAGCAGAAGCCCCCAGAAAGAGGAAGGGCUCAGCCAGAACUGCUGCUGCUGCUGCUGCAGAAACAGCAGCGCCAGAAGCAGCAGCAGCAGAUGUACUCUCUGAUGCAGCAGAAGAAAACCCGGAAGAGCAGCCAGCAGCAGCAGCAGCUGCUGCAGAAGCAGCAGAAGCAAAUGCGCCCAGUGCUGCUGCAGCAAAAGGACGAGAGCUUGCUCGCAGGCGCAGCAGCAGCAACAGCGCCACGGGGAAACCGAAGCAGCAGCAGCAGCAGCAGCAGCAACAACAGCCGCCGGAGGAACAGGAGGAGAAGCAACAGCCUCAGCAACAGCAGCAGCAGCAACAGUCGCUGCAGGAGCAGCGGAAGCAGCAACAACCGCAGCAGCAGCAGCAGCAACAACAGCAGCAGCAACAGCAGCAGCAGCAGCAACAGCAGCAGCAGCGGCAGCAGCUCCAGAGAACGCGGCGGCUGCCAGCAGCGUUUGGCAGAAGCGUCAGCCGCACAGUCAGCAGAAGCAUCAGCAGGAGCCUCAGCAGCUGCCGCUUCAACAGCAGCAGCAGCAGCAACAGCAGCAGCAGCAGCAGCAGCAGCAGCAGCAACGAAGUCAGGGACAGUCAACGAGAGAGAAGAAGCAGUGCAAAGCCAGUGGCGGCGCCACGCCGCAGAAGCAAUUCGCCCUUGAGCCGCAGCCGCGAGAGCAGCAGCAGCAGCAGCAGCAGCAGCAGCAGCAGCAGCAGCAGCAGCAGCAGUAGCAGCAGUAGCAGCAGCAGCAGCAAAAGGUUGCAGUCGCAGCCAAGCACUAGCAAUAACGGCAGCAGGGAUAGACAUAGGGACAGCAGCAGCAGCAGCAGAGUUGACCCCAGGAGCAGAAACAGAUAUAUGUACUACUACAACAGCAGCAGCAGCAGCAGCAGCAGCAGCAGCAGAUAUCCGCCCUACAGCAGCAGCAGCGACAACAGAUAUCAGCCCUACAGAAGCAACAGCCGAAACAGGUACCUGCCUGCCAGCAGCAGCAGCAGCAGCAGCAGCAGGUACUUGCCUUACAACAGCAGCAGCAGCAGCAGCAGAUACUCGCCGUGGAGCAGCAGCAGCAGCAGACGCCCUGAGUACUCCAGAUUUUACUACAGCUCGGAAGACAGAAACCGAAUGCCGCAACGAAGCAGCAGCAGCAGCAGCAGCAGCAGCAGCAGCAGCAGCAGCAGCAGCAGAUACACGCUGCGGGCAGCAAGAAAUGAGCAGCAGCACAGACGCAACAGAAGCCGCAGCGGCAGCAGCAGCCCACCGCUGCGGCGUUCAGGUGUACGUACACCCCAGAAGACACAGAGGCCUGCAGCAGCAGCAGCAGCACCUGCUGCUGCUGCUGCUGCUGCUGCUGCUGCUGCUGCUGACAGGUGCCCAAGGGAGGCUUCGUACAGGAGGGAGACAGCAGCAGCAGAUGGCGAGAAACACAGCCGUACCCAAGAAGCAAAAGAAAGAGGAGCAGCAGCAGAGGCUGCUGCUGCUGCUGCUGCUGCUGCUGCGGUUGCCGCUGCGGAGGAAGCAGCAGCAGAAGAAGCAGCAGCUGCUGCAGCAGAAGAGGAAGCAGUUGUUGCAGCAGCAGACGCAGAAGCUGCUGCUGCAUGCGGCAGCUUAGCCUUCGAAAGGGCCAGGAGUGUUUCGCUUAGCGCUGCAUCUCCAGCUGUGCACUAG